AUUCAGCUGUCAUGAACCCUGCUGUUCUAGCUCCUCUCGGCAAACCUGGUAGGCUGAAUCAAAUUUCAUUCUUAAACAUUAACAGAACUGACGUUCAUUUUUUUUCAGCUGUAAAAGGUGACAUAUUCCCCCAAAAACUGCGAGUCUUCUUCUGCAAUGACAGAUAAAGUUCAAGAGCUCGUGUCAAAGUGCCUGCAGGCCCGGGACAUGGCAUACUGUCCCUACAGUCGGUUCCCUGUCGGUGCUGCUAUAUUAACAGCAGAUGGCGCUAUCAUUUCAGGCUGUAAUGUGGAGAAUGCCUCCUACGGUCUGACGGUGUGUGCUGAGCGGACGGCCAUCCAGAGGGCUGUGGUGGAAGGACACAAACAGUUCACUGCCAUUGCUGUGACAUGUGAUAUCAAAGACCGUUUUGUUGGGCCAUGUGGAGCAUGUCGACAGGUUCUUAUGGAGUUUGGAUCAGACUGGACUGUAUACUUGACCAAGCCGGAUGGAUCUUACAAAAAAACCAGCCUUAAUGAACUGUUGCCUCUAGCCUUUUCCUCGGCCGACGUGAUGAAGAAGAACUGAUGAAGCCUCAGCAGCAGCACUUUUUAGAGUAAAAGUACUUUUUUAGCUGCAAUGAAUUGUGUUACAGCAACACUGCAA